AUGAUCCAUCGCUGCGUCACAUGCCGUAAGCUUCGACGCAAGUGUGAGCAGCAAAAAAUGGCAGAUCUACCCGAAGACCGUCUAAACACAGACCCCCCGUUCACUUUCGUGGGACUGGACGUUUUUGGUCCGUGGGUCGUCGCCUCACGACGCACAAGAGGUGGUUUAGCCCACAACAAGAGGUGGGCAGUCCUCUUUACGUGCUUAGCCGUCCGUGCUGUGCACAUAGAAGUGAUAGAAUCUAUGGACACUUCCAGCUUUAUUAAUGCCCUACGAAGAUUCAUCGCUCUUAGAGGCCCAGUUAAGCAGUUCCGUUCAGACCGAGGAACAAACUUCGUUGGUGCUUGCUCUGAACUAAAGAUAUCAUCGGUUCGCUUCGAAUCCCGCAAAGUAGAAACUUUCUUAAACGAGCAAGACUGCACUUGGAUAUUCAACACACCGCACUCUUCGCACAUGGGCGGCGCUUGGGAGCGAAUGAUAGGUAUGGCUCGCCGAAUCUUGGAUUCGAUGCUCCUCAACGAGGCCGUUGCAUCGUUCUCUCACGAAGUCUUGACGACAUUCUUAGCAGAAGUAACUGCCAUCAUAAACUGCAGGCCCUUAGUCCCUGUAUCUUCGGACCCCGAAUGUCACUCACUUCUCACCCCUGCAAUGAUUUUGACACAGAAACCGUCACCGCCAACGUCACCAGCAGGAGAGUUCAAAAGUCUCCACGUCAAGCAGUGGAGACAAGUACAGGCUCUGGCCAACACGUUCUGGCACCGAUGGAGGAAUGAGUACCUACCUAGUCUCCAAAGUCGUCGCAAAUGGCUAACCGACCAACGUAAUCUUGCGGUCGGCGACGUCGUCCUAUUGAAGGACGCGACAAGCAGACGCCAUGAGUGGCACAUGGGAAGAAUCAACGCUGUGUACCCAGGAAAAGAUGGGAAGGUGCGGAACGUUCAAGUGCAGACGGCCCAAGACGGAAAGAAGAAAACCUUCGAUCGGCCAGUCUCCGGUCUAGUUCUGUUGUCGUCGGAGCAGUGCCUGUAG